AUGUCGAACGAUUACUCGCUGCCCUUUUUGAGCGAACUGGGCCCUGAACCCAGAGAUGAGGACGUCGAGCAGAUGUGGCGGAAUCGUGUCUUUCCGUUAGUUUUCACGGAUGAUUUCGCCAGCAACUGGUCGGCAGUUCGCGAUCCUAAGGGCAUGUUCGUCGCGCCCUCGGGCUCUCGCUGUCGCGUUGAGCCUCGACCACACCACGCACCGCAAUGUCUGGUAGUGAUUCAGCAAGGUGACAUGCGUCGCCAGGAAAGAGUGUCAUAUGAAGCGAUUAUUUUCUCCAAGGUGGUGCACCAAAUGUUCCUGAACAGGCAGUCGAAAGACUGCACAGAGCCUGCGCAGGUCCAAAGGCGAAAGUUCAUUGAUCACUUUGUCAGGAAGUUGCCAAAGCAGUGGCGUACUUUAAUCAUCCUGGGAGACCUUCAUUACUACAAGGAGCGAAAUGAACAAAUACCCUGGUUCAUCAAGCUCGACAUUUAUUCCUCUCUCGCAGAUCCUAAGAACAUACGACUCAUCACGCUACAAGCGAGCGAUGACUACAACGCACUGAUCAAAUGCACACUCUUUGAGGUAGACCGUACCUCUGCGCCGGAAUAUGAGGCACUCUCGUAUGUUUGGGGCGCCCCCGGGUCGACGCGGAACAUCUUGCUGAAUGGGAAAAUGAUUCCCAUCCGGGAAAACCUCGAGGCAGCAUUGAGAGAACUGCGACGACGAGAGGACCCUCGUACCCUGUGGAUUGACGGUAUCUGCAUCGAUCAAUCCAAUGUAGAAGAGCGGACCGAUCAGGUCAAGCGGAUGGACACGACCUAUCGCAAUGCCGCCGGGGUUGUCGUCUGGAUUGGGCGGGAAUCCAAUACAAGCGCAAGGCUGUUCGACAAAUCGGAAUUAACUCUCAAGAAUUCCAAGCAGCUGGACAGCCUGUUACGCUCCGAACACUUCCUCGACUUCCCAUUCCAGCCCGAGGACUACUGCCCUCUAUGCGAUGGGGUCCCUCACAAGAUACCCUCUCAGCUCGUCGGUACCUACCUUACUGAGAGCGUCGCCGAUAGAUAUACAAGAGCUGCGCAGGACCCUACUCUUAUUCCACAGCAGUGGAAGAAUGAACACACCGAAGAUAUCGAGGCCUUUGUUACACUUCUCAGACGGCCAUGGUGGAGGAGAGUCUGGGUAUUGCAAGAGGCCAUAUUGGCCAAGAAAAUCACGUUACAUUGCGGACCCAGAUCUAUGGAUUGGCCAAUAUUCCAAGGCAUUCUCUACACGCUCGUUCGUCAGGGGAAAAGAUCGAGAAUACACCACACUGGUGGGCUCACCACAGAAGCACGAAGGGCUCGAGCCCAGGCCCAGUUGCUUUUCUUGGCCAACAGUACGUUUGCUUUCUUCUUCUUGCAAAGUUCAUUGCUAGCUACGAAGCAGCUUCGGGGACUUUCCAUGGCCGAUCUACUCUCUCUUACCUCGAAUUUUGAUGCCACGGAUCCUCGCGAUAAAGUAUUUGCUCUGAUCGGCCUACUCCCGGAAAACAGCCCCGAACGGGUCCAGUUCAAACCCGAUUAUUCUAUCAAUGUGAAGCAGCUCUUCAUCAAUGUAGCCAAGAGCUUCCUUGAGACAGACCGCAGAUUAGACGUCGUGACGGCAAGGCCAUCUCUGCCUUCUUACUUGGUCCCAAAGUCCAGAUCUCACUCCCCAGACUGGGAUCUCGAUUGUCCCUCGUGGGUUCCGAAUUGGAAGCUACCCCAACUCUGGUACUUGAAUUCAAUCUGGAUCAGCAAAUUCUCCCAGUUCAAGACUCUAAAUUGGUAUACAAAAACCCGCAUUAGUGAGCAUGAACCAGGCCUCGAGUCUGUUGAUUCAGGCACUCUCCCCGAAGAGAGCCUACAGGUCUUCAAUGCCAGCUUGCAAAAUCCGUCGCCCUUCCCAUUCGAGUUCUCAGGACAUGGAGAGAUACUUCACGCGCAUGGCGUGACUGUCGACACGGUUGAGGAGGUCGGCAAGCCCUGGGACCUAGCCAUGGCGGCGCUUAAGACCCAUAAUCCUGCAGAUCCCGGAAAUUCAAACCAAAACGCCCACGAUGCUCAGGUAGCUAUCAUUGAACAGUGGAAGACUAUUGCCCGACUCAAUGUUGAAGGACAGUACUCUUUCACCCAGCAAUCUCGCAGUGAGGCUUUUUGGCGCACACUCUUCCUAGACCGAUACCGCUCUACCCACACACACGAGCGCGUCUACCGCGUUACUCGAAUUCCAGUUCAAGUGGGGGAUGAGGAGGCUAACAAUAUCUUUGGUCCCGCAGGGAUUACAUGUGGCUUUCCUCCCGAGACAUCCGAAGACGAGCUUGGGCUGAUUUACUUCCUCCGCCAUGAGGCUACUGAGAUGGGGAGCUUCACCAACAUCAACCUCCACUGUGUCAACCUCAGUCUGUUCAGAACCGUCAAAGGUUACAUUGGAGUCGGUCACCCAAAUAUGCGUCCUGGUGAUAAAGUGGCUCUUCUCCUGGGUGCCGCAGUUCCACUUGUACUCCGGGAGUAUGAUGAGGGCCAUCUCCUCAUUGGCCAAAGGUUUGCCUCCUUAGUCUUCACUUCCCAGCUCUACAUUCUAACCUUUACCUCCAAUAGCUAUGUACAUGGCAUUAUGGACGGAGAAUAUUUACAAGCUGAGCGUGAUCAAGGGCGAGGCACAAAGCGAGAGGAUUUCGAAGCGUUUGCCAUUAUCUAA